AUGUACAAUAACUGGGUCUUUCCUGAACAAGCGCUUCCCGUGGAUCUCAUCAAAAGGAAUGGCAAAGAUCCAAAAUCGUCGCACAGUGUACGCUUACUGAUAGAGGACUAUCCAUAUGCUGCUGAUGGGCUUGAGAUAUGGUCUGCAAUUAAAACAUGGGUUAAAGAGUAUUGCUCCUUCUACUACAAAAAUGAUGAAAUGGUUCAAAAUGACUCAGAACUCCAGUCUUGGUGGAAGGAACUCAGAGAAGAAGGUCAUGGUGACAAGAAAGAUGAACCAUGGUGGCCUAAAAUGCAGACUUGUGAAGAGCUGAUAGAAUCAUGCACCAUUAUCAUAUGGCUCUCUUCAGCCUAUCAUGCAGCAAUCAACUAUGGCCAGUACUCUAUAGGUGGAUACGUCCCGAACCGGCCAAGCAUAAGCCUGCAGUUCAUGCCUGAAGAAGGCACUCCUGAGUAUGAGGAGCUCAAAACUAACCCUGACAAGGCAUUCUUGAAAACAUUUGCACCUCAGCUGCAGACCCUGCUUGGCAUGGCCUCCAUAGAAAUCUUAUCAAGGCACCCAGUUGAUGAGCUUUAUCUUGGGCAGAGAGGCACCCCAGAAUGGACAACAGAUGCAAACAUGUUGCAAGCCUCUGAGGAUUUUAGAAAGAAGCUGGAAGGAAUUGAGAAAAGAAUUAUAAAAAUGAACAAGGAUGAGAAAUUGAAGAACCGAGUUGGACCGGCCAAGAUCCCGUACACUUUGCUCUAUCCUUCUAGUGAGCCUGGACUUACUGGCAAGGGAAUUCCCAACAGUGUCAACAUCUAAUGCUUCUCUAUUUUGUAUAUUUUACUCAUCCUUCUCUCU